AUGGGUCCGCGCAAGCACGCCACGGGUGACAUACCCGUCAUCAAGCAUAUCCACAAGAGUGGCAUCGAGCCGGCCGACCUCGGCAUUGAUGGUGACUCUGUGCACGAUCUCGGCUUGACCAUUACCCCAACGCUCACGAUCACCAACGAGAGCGAGGGGCCUCUCUCGCAGAUCGGCGAAAGCAGCGCCAGUGCCACUACUUCGGAUGCCGCCCCUGCCACGCCUGCUACUUCGACCAACGCUGAUGCUGCCACUGACCCUUCAGUCACUGCUGGCAUGGCCGUCGCCGCAUUUACUCCUUUGGCCCAAGGCUCCACCCGCCCCCUCUCAACCCUUGACAUCGACGCUGGUGUCCCUAGCUCUGCCCCAGUGCCCACCGCGCAGUUCGUCCAGGCCGACGCCCACAGCCUGGUCCCAUCCCGCCUGCCUAUGGGCAACGACUCGCUGGCCGGAACCCCGGCCCUCUCCUCCACUCCCGGUAACAGCUCUUCUCCUAACAACUCCUCUCCUGGAGCUACCGAGGGCUCCUCCAGCUGCUUCGGCACUCCUCCCGCCAUCCGUCUGAGUGCACCUACUCAUCUGCCCUCCAAUCCGCACGCCAACACGGUAGGCACGUCCCGCCGCUCUUGGCGCCGCAGCCAUGUCUGGGCUUCCCCAGUGCUCUCAGCGACGGAGGAGGAGCCGGCACUCCCCACUGGUUCUGACUCGAGUCCCAGCGCUUACUCCGACACCAGCCUACUCCGCGGUCACCGCAACACAUCCGAGGACCGCGGCCCGGGGCCCGUAUACUUGCCCCUCGGCUCGCGCAGCACACUCUCGCUUACGCCCUCGGUGAGCAUCUCGAACCGCGCCAACUCAACGCCGUCGCCCUCCCAUUUGUCCUCGACCCCUCCCAUCGACGCGGCGCUGGGAAAUGCCGACGAAAGCUCACACUCGCUCGCUCCUUCGGCGAGCAUCUCGACCCGCACGGCUAGCUCGACGCCGUCGCCCUCCAACUCGUCUUCGCCCCCCCGCUCCACCGGGGCGACGUUUGUGACCGCUGGGAGCUCAAACUCGCUUCCUCCUUCGGCGAGCAUCUCAAACCACGCGCCCAGCUCGACGGAGGGCCUCACGCCCUCCCACUCGCCGGGGCACUCGUCGGCCGCGACAUGCGCACCAGCCGGUGGCAACUCUGUCACGCAUACCUCCGCCGACAUCGAGACCCGCCACAACGCUCAACAAGCGCUGCGCGACCUAGACCCCGUCACAGCGGAUCUUCUCCUUACGCGAUCCAUAGGGCGCCAGAACUAUGCCGACAUCGGGAUUGGCUUUCCGAGUGCCCCGCCCUCUGCGCCCGUCGUGGAAACGCGCGGCCGCAGCGGUGGCUCGCGCGACCUCUCAACGCCAGCGCGCAUCCUAAGCGACACCCUGGAGCGCAGUCUUCGCACACCGGCCGCCACGCGUCUGCUCGACGCGGCCGACCUUGCCGCCGCGCUUGAGGAGGGUGCAGCGCUGCGCCACUCGCCGAUGAGCGAAGAUCAGCUUGCGGCGCUCGAGGCCGAUCUGCAGCGCGCGGAGCGCGCACUCACCAUCCACGAGGGCGUGGAUAUGGCACACGCCGUCACCGAAGAGCUCCUCCACCUGCGUGCUGAGGCUGAGGGCGUACGCCUGAGCCCGCCUCACCGUGCGUGGCGGCACAGCAUGGCGCGCCUUCUGCCGGCGCUGCUGCCGCGCGAGUGGCGGCACCCACGCGACAAGAAGGGCAAGAGCAAAGGCAAGAGCAAGGGCAAGGGCAAGGGCAAGGGCAAGGGCAAGGGCAAGAGCAAGAGCAAAAGCAAGGGCAAGAGCAAAGGCAAGGGGAAGGGCAAGACCAAGGCGCGCAAAUCAAUUAUUCGCGUGCAGCAUGAGCAUGAGCGCGCGAGCGCCGUGGUCGCGGCGCAGGCGGCGCGCGGGGACGAGCCCUCUGGCACAGACAGCAGUGACGAGGAGUACGGAACUGGCAGCGCCGAUGUGUACACAGACAGCGAGGACGCCGAUACGAGCUCAAGCGCGAGCGUGUCGGACGCCGGAGACAGCGAGUGGACAGGCGCAUGCUCGGGCGACACGCAUGGCGUCUUUGACUUCGAGUUCUCCGAGGACGAGGACGGCUCGAUUCCGCGUCCCGCCGCGCACACCACCACGCCGCCCGGCUCGCCGAGCCUGCAUGUCUCUGACUCCCCGGGCCCUCCCGAUACACCGACGCCGCCCUCGCGUAGCCACAUCCACAUGCCCCGCCCGCUGACAGCGGGCGACACCCUCACGUCCCGCAUUCCCGCCCGCCCGCCCACCGCGCGCUCAAACCGCGAAGACCGCAGCUCGGCGCCUUCGCCCCCGCACCGCGUGGCGCACCGCGCCGUGUUUCCGCGCAAUUCCCCAGGCCAGCCGCGCCGCGCCACGCCCACGCCCAACUUCGACGCGGACGGGAUGUACUGCCUCACACGCCAAGUCACGCGCGAAUACGACCCGCUUACAGGCCAGCGCAUCCGCACGCACGUCGCCGAGCAGAGCACGGCCGCGCACACCGAGCGCUUCGAGGCCCCCGGCGGAUCUGCCGCGCCGUUCACCGACCAAAACCUCCAGGCGCGCAACACCCACAGGCCGUUCGGCCACCCGCUGCGCCGCUCGCGCUCCUCGGGCGACGAGUUUCCUCGCGCCUCCAUGCUCUACGUCCCGGGCGUGAUGCGUACGCCCCCGCCCGCCGCGUUCCUCCGCACCGAUGCCGGCACGACGUCGCUUGAGGGACCGUGGGUUUUCCACAGCCCAAGCCCGCCGCAGAUGCCAGAUUUCUCUCCGCCUCAGGACUACGUGUACGGGAGCCACCUGUUGGCUUUGAACCGGCAGGGCCUGCAGAGGGGGGGCCAGUACCGCCAGCAGCAUGUGCAGUGCCCGCACCAUGAGCAUGACCAGCAGCAUGAGCAAGGUCAGAACGGUCAGAAUGGUCAGCAUUUCCAGCGCACCCAUAGCGACAACGGCUAUUACGAGCUUGCGCACGCCAACGAGGCCGAGCAGGUGAGCAACAAGAAGAGUCACAAGUUCAAGCGCCUCCGGAUCAUGUUCGACCCGCGCCGUAUCUUGUCCAUGUGGAAGUAGACAGAGCGCAUAAGCAAACGAGCCACGACCACAUACCAUGUAGAUAGCCGAAUCCCACCCGACGCACACGCAGAUCAGAUGUACAUGCAUGCA